AUGCGGAAGAAGGUGGACGGACGAAUCCGAACACUGGUGGAAAACGGGGUGAAGAACAAUGAGCGCACGAUGUUCGUCAUCGUGGGCGACCGCGGACGGGAUCAGAUCGUUAACUUGCAUUACAUGCUGAGCAAGGCGGUGGUGAAGUCGAGACCGAACGUGCUGUGGUGCUAUAAGAAGGAUCUGUACCUGUCGUCGCACAAGAAGAAGCGAGCGAAGCAGGUGAAAAAGAUGCAGAAUAGUGGAUUGAUGGAUAAGGAGAACGAGGAUCCGUUCUCGCUGUUCGUGGCGUCGACGAGCAUCAGGUACUGUUAUUACGCUGAUACGCAGAAAAUUUUGGGGAACACGUACGGGAUGGCGGUGCUGCAAGAUUUCGAGGCGUUGACACCGAAUCUCUUGGCGCGAACGAUCGAAACUGUCGAAGGUGGUGGUUUGAUUGUGUUGUUACUAUCCAACAUGGAGAGCUUGACGCAGCUGUAUAACAUGACCAUGGACGUGCACUCGCGUUUUCGCACAGAGGGCCACCAAGACGUCGUCGCUAGAUUUAAUGAGCGUUUUACUCUAAGUCUGGGAGCGUGUCCGACGUGUAUCAUGAUGGAUGAUGAGUUAAACAUUCUACCGACGAGCUCACACAUUAGAGGCAUCGAGCCAGUCGAGGAGAAGCGGGCGGAUGAGUCUCCUGAGCUCACCGACCUCAAGGAGAGCAUGGAGGAAGUCGAGCCAGCUGGCCCGUUGGUCAAGUGCUGCAAGACGAUGGAUCAGGCGAAGGCGGUCGUGACUUUCCUCGACGCUGCGAGUGAAAAGACUCUCAGAUCUACCGUGGCGCUCACCGCCGCUCGCGGUCGCGGGAAGUCUGCUGCGAUGGGUAUCGCGGUCGCCGGGGCUGUCGAGAUGGGUUACGCAAACAUCUUUGUCACAUCACCAAGUCCAGAAAACUUGAAGACGUUCUUCGAUUUCAUCUUGAAGGGAUUUGACGCGCUUGGGUAUAAAGAGCACUUAGACUACGACCUCGUCGAGUCGACAAAUCCGGCGUUUGGGAAGUGUAUUGUUCGAAUCAAUGUGACGCGUCGUCACCGGCAAACGAUUCAGUACAUUCUUCCUCAGCACUACGAGCGGGCAACUCAGGCGGAACUACUCGUGAUUGAUGAAGCGGCGGCGAUUCCGUUACCGACGGUGAAAGCUCUACUCGGUCCUUAUCUGGUCUUCCUUUGCUCAACCAUCAACGGUUACGAAGGGACGGGCCGAGCGCUCAGCAUAAAACUGAUUGCCAAUUUGAGGAGAGAGGCGGCGACGACGCAACAGGCGAAUAAGGAUGGUAAACUCGCUACUGGCGGAUCUAGAUUACUCAGAGAAGUCGCUCUCACAGAACCCGUACGUUACUGCGCUGGGGAUAGAGUGGAAAAGUGGUUGAACGAUCUGCUUUGUCUAGAUGCGGCGGAUGCGUUGAAGCCACUCAUCACUGCCCUGCCUCCUCCCAACGCGUGUGAGCUUUACGAAGUGUCUCGUGACACUCUCUUCAGUGCUCACGCCGCGAGUGAGCAGUUUCUGAAGAAAAUGAUGGCUCUGUACGUCUCCAGUCACUAUCGCAACACUCCCAACGACUUGCAGCUGAUGUCAGAUGCCCCUGCGCAUCGUCUAUUUGUCCUCUUAGCUCCUGUGGACGAAACACAGAACGUCUUGCCGGAGAUUCUUUGCGUCGUGCAAGUUGCUUUGGAGGGUGCUAUUUCGCAACAAAGCGCUCGUGCAACGCUCGCCGCUGGACUGUCUCCACAAGGCGAUCUCAUUCCGUGGACGAUGGCGUCGCAGUUCCAGGACGAAGGUUUUCCAUCCUUCACCGGAGCGCGCAUCGUUCGCAUAGCCGUGCACCCGGAUUUGCCUCGUCAAGGCUAUGGUUCUCGCGCUUUGCAGAUGAUUCACGACUAUUACGAGGGAAAGCUUGCAGAUCUGCGAGAGGAAGCAGACAUCGACGCUAAGACGAACACCGAACACUGGCAAAACACUGGGAAGCUAUUGGAAGAAACGCUCAAGCCUCGCGACAACUUGCCGCCGCUUUUGGUGAAUCUCUCUGAACGUAGACCAGAACCCAUCAACUGGAUCGGUACUGCGUUUGGGCUCACCUCUCAGCUGUACAGCUACUGGAGUAAAGCUGGUUAUAAACCGGUAUACGUCAGGCAAACGGCGAGUGAGACGACAGGCGAACAUACGUGCAUCAUGUUGCGCGCGUGCUUCCCCGUCGGCGCAGAGGAGAGUCCCGAUGGCAACUGGGUGGAUUCGUUCUACAGCGACUUCAGAGUGAGGUUUACUUCGCUGUUAGGCUCAGCCUUUAGAGAUAUGCCUCCUGCUCUCUGCUUAUGCUUGAUGGAUCCAAAACUCAAUUAUGACGAAAAGUCGGGUGCUAGCCGUGAAUCUGUGCUUAAGGCGGACAAUGAAAUUUUGAGUCCGCACGAUUUGAGGCGCAUUCAGAAAUACGCAGCCGCCUUAGUAGAUCAUCACUUAAUCGGUGAUUUGGUGCCACCGAUCGCACGCGCGUAUUUUGCACACCGUAUUCCCGUGACGAUUUCGUACACGCAAGCCGUCAUUUUGCUCAUCCUCGGUCUUCAGCUGAAGACUAUCGAUGAUGCCAUCAAAACGUUGGAUUUGCCCGGGCAGCAACUCAUGGCUUUGUUCAACAAGGCAAUUCGUCGUAUUCACGGAUCGAUCCUGAUGGCUCGAGAGGCUGAGAUCGAGGCCGCUUUGCCGUCUGUCAGUAUGCCCGAAUUGAGACCGCACGCCGUCGGUUUGGAUGAAGAUCUUGAGGAAGGAGCCGCUAUGGUGAACGCGGAGAUUGCCGCCAAGCAAAAAGCGCUUCUGGAGGACGGUGAUUUCGAUCGUUACGCAAUCACGGGCACCGACACGGAGUGGGCGUCGGCCCUCCAAGGCGCUUCGAAUCGCUCAAAUAAACUCCUCAGCGUCAAGCGCAAAGCCGGAGCCGAGGACAAGCACUCGUACGAGCCCAAAGAGAAGAAGCCAAAGGAGCCGUCUAGCGAGAAGAAGGAUAAGAAGAACAAAAAGCAUAAGAAAUCAUCCGCGCCGAAGCGUCUGAAGGGGACGUGA